CACUUUAAAUAAUUUUUGUGAUAAACCAUGGAUUAUAGUUAUUAUUGUACUCAAUGCUCUAGAAGGGAUUAAAAGGAGAUAACAUGGACCCAAACUGGUGUGCAGAUCCUUACUCUUGUGUUACAUUAAUGGUUAUCGUGCGUCAACUUAAUUGUGUCAUGCAUGUUAAUGUAAAAGAGGGCGGAUGUGGUCCAUCAGAUCAGGUACUUAUGCCCUGAAAACCUUAAAAAUGUGUAAAUCACCCAGUUACAUCUUGUCUACACAUUGUCUUAAGAAGGAGUCAUCUACCCUUCACCCUAAAGGGGAACAGGAGAUGAGAUCCAGGACGCAGAGAUCCAAUGUCUACAUGUUCCAAGUUCCAUGUUCCAAGUUCCUGUUAAGAAAAAUACAGGUCAGCUACAACACAGCUCCAAUCUGUCCCCAGAACACUACCUGACAAACAGGGGGUUUAAAUACACCACUGGAAAGUCACAUGACAGUUCAAAUAACCAAUUUCCUGUUGUUGUAAAACAUUCAGGUAGUCACCUGGGACAUACCCAGUACUACACAGACAGUUACGCCCCCUCCAAAGGCUCCUGGGUGAAGAGGAGAAGAUGAAGAGGGACAACCACCCAAGAUGUGUUCAUGUUUGCUUCUUAAUGGUUUCAAGUGUAUUUAUUCAACUGUUAUAAAGUGUUGUUGUUUAUGUCUCUAAGACUACUGGGUGACACGACGAUGAGAACUACAGGAAGUGUGUUGGUGGUUCUUAUCUGGUCUGUAACAGGAACUAUGGCAACAAAAUGUGGACAAACAAGCCAAGUGAUGGUGUCUCCCACCAACCCAGUGUGGGGACAGGAAGUGGUAUUGACCUGUAACGACCCCUGUAGUUUGAGUGACAACCAAAACCACACCCACAUCUGGUACAAGAAUGGACAACGUCUUGACGAUUCCCCCCUCCGGCAAUACAUUGAUUUCAGUUAUUAUAUACACAGUUACUCCUGUGCUGUAAAUGGUUCUGAUGAUCUCCGCUCUCCUGUAGUCUGUGUUCUGGGUAAAACCUGUUUCAAUGUGACUUACACCCAUCAGAGAAUCUCUGCCUUGAAUGGGUCAACAGUGGAUCUUCCCUGCACAUACCAACAUCCAAAAAACCACACAGUCAUAGAAAUGAACUGGUAUAUACAACAGAAACGUGAUGAGGCACCAACAAACCUGAGUUCAUUGCCAGAGUAUUCAGGUCGUGUGAAGUACCUUGGAGAUAAUGUGAGUGACUGUACCCUGAGAAUCACAGACCUGAGAGAGACUGACUCAGCUGAGUACAAGUUCAGAUUCAAAACACAGUUUGCAGAGUGGGGGUACAGCUUCCCAGGAACGACUCUGACUGUCUCAGGGACUAAUCCCUUGGGUCCGCCUGCAAUUAUAGGAAUCAUAGGGUUUAUUCUGGUUCUCAUCCUCUGUCUCUCUGGCUUUGUGUGGUUCAGGAAGAAGUCCUCCACCAAUCACACAACUGACUCAGCGGACAAUAGACAGAGGGACUCUGGUCCUGUUUAUGACAACACCUCCAUGCCCGUGGCCUCUAAUGCAGAGCAGACAAUGGCCUCCGACGACCAGACUGACCUCCACUACGCCAGUGUUCACAUCACUCGCUCCAGAGACCAGGUGGUGCCCCUGUACUCCACCGUCCAACUCCCUCCACCCCAAACCCAGGAAGAGGACGUCCAGUAUACGGCUGUAAAAUUCAACUGUCCCAGUGCUGCCACCCGGUGAUCAAGUCAUGACAUUACAGGGUUAAAGUGAAUAGGUUUUCUCAAAGCUGGGGGUUGUCUGCUGGGCCAUCAGGAAGAGUAAACUAUGUGUUUGUCCAAUAGAAAUGUAGUUGUUUGGCUGAGAUUCAGUAAGAUAUGCUAUGACUUUAAAAUAGUUUGUGUCAAAUGAAAUGAACAAUGGCAGUUAUGAUCCUCAGUAUACAUUUAUUGUUUAGCCCUCGAUAUGUAACGUCUGGAUAUAAAUAUUUGAUCUGA